AUGCCACUCUGCAUAAAGAAACUGACAUUAACGAACUGUGAACCUCUCAUCCAACAAGUCAAGAGUAAAAUUAAUAGCUGGAGCAAAAACGCUGUCUUUUGCGGGAAGGUUAUUACUCAUGAACACAGUGAUCGCAGAGUAGGUUCCAUAUGGGUAGCUUGGUUCACUGAGAAUGUUCUCUCCGGUGAUCUGAGCAAUGGGAAGAAAUGUCGGUUCUGGUCAGAUAAUUGGAGUCCAUUUGGCAAUCUGAAAAAACAUUUUGAUCUCCCUCUUUCUACUAGCCAUGGUAUCAGAGCAUCUGCGACUCUCCAUGACCUUUAUCAGCAAGGACGUUGGCUACUACCACACCCUCGAUCAGAAGCUCAACUGAACCUCCACAUUCAUCUCUCCACCAUCACUCUCUCUGAUGAGAAUGAUGAUUUCUUAUGGUGUUCUCCUCCUGGUUCACCGCUAUCAAAUUUCUCCACAAGACAAGUUUACAACGAGAUCAAACCCCAUCAACAAAGGGUUCCUUGGCGUGCUGUGAUCUGGCCCUCAAGAGGUAUCCCUAGACAUAAUUUUCUCACUUGGCUCGUUACUUUGAAUCGCUGUCCCACAAAAGACAGGAUGCUGAACUGGGGAAUCCAAACAGACCCAACAUGCGUCCUCUGUAAUGGAACUGCUGAAUCAAGAGAUCACCUAUUUUUUGAGUGCUCUUGCUCGUGGAACUUGUGGUCGCGUUUAGCGGGAAAGGCGAACUGGACUACUUCUAGAAACUGGGACACUGGUCUAGGCUGCUUGCAGUCUUCUUCUCUCCCAAGAUACCACCGGCUGCUUAUCCUCCUCGGAUGGCAGGCAUCUAUCUAUCUCCUCUGGUCUGAACGCAACAAACAUCUUCACCGACAGCAGUUUAGGCCGACCUCUUCUCUGGAAAGACAGGCUGACUCUCUCAUCAGGAACCGUAUCUCUGGCUUUCGUGAAGAAAACCCUCGCCUCUCCUCCUCAAUGCUACAACUUUGGUUUGAUCGCUGAUCGCUCUCCUCUUCGUUCUCGGAGACUCUCCGUUUCCCAAACACUAAUCAACUUCUUCAUUUUGGGUUCAAUUGCAAUUCAAU